UAAGAGCCACCGAGAGGAGCUCGCUUCCAGUGAGUCCAGAUUCAGCGUUCGUUGAUAGUGGUCGCGAUUCGCGCGUACUCUCCGCAACAAACAGGAAACCCCCUUUUCAUUCGGCAGGAAGAGAGAGUUUGACAACACCUGUGCUUAGCUCCAUCAUACCUAUAGCUAUAGUAUACUGCAGUGCUGAUUUUCGGACAAGACCUCGAUCUCUCCCGUCGCGGUUUUAGUCGCGUGCGAGUGCGUGAGUGUGUGUACCGUGUAAAACGGAAAGAAAGUGGUUAGAAGUGCUGGGGAAGCUGAUAAUUAACCAAUAUUCUCGAUAAUUACCUUACAUAUCUGGAGAGAGAGCUUUUAAGUCGCGUGCGUUCAAUCUCUUCGGGCUACACAAAGCAUAGUCUGUAAUUUCGAAGAAUAUACUGACCCAUCGAUCUACCGAUCGAUCGUUCGAUCACGCGAAGAAGUGAAGUGAAAGAUUGGCGGUUCAACGUCAUCGUCGUCAUUGUUUUGUGUGUGAAAUUUCUCGUUGUGGUCCAUCUGGCUGGCGCUACCUCGCAGCGUGUGAGGAAAGGAGUGGUCCAACGACUGAAGACGCACGCGGUGUGUGGCGGUCAAGAGCAAAAGUAAAAGAGUCAACAUCAGCAUCGUCGUCGUCGGCUGACUGAGCUGUUGCGUGCAGUAACAGCGGAAGAGAAAGAGCCAGAUCGCAACACCGGUAACCCAUUUGAAGCGUGCUGCUAAAAGCAACGGUCAACACCAACCGACAAAGCUUCAUUCAAACUCUGAAACACUUGGCCCAACAGAAUCAAAUUCUGGGGGAACUAGUUUUCUGAAGAGCAUCUUGUAACACGAAGAAAAAAUCCGAAUCAUGUCACGAAACCUGUCUCCUUGCUCCGACCUGUGUAAUGCAAGUCACAGUGAAUCCCAUCGCCACCGCAACUGCACAUUUUUCACCCGACGACGGAGAUCGGCCACCACACAUGUUUGCCGUCGUCGUCUUACGUUGACCAGCAGCAGCAGCAAUAGGAGCAGAAGCAGAAGCGCGCUGACGCUGGUGGUCAUGGUGCUCGGAGUGCUACUGGCUGCAUUGGGUUCAGUAACGAUGGCACCGACGACGUCGGGUGACGGGAAUCUUAGCAUAACGAAAAUCUACAAUGGUGAACGAAUCAACUACAACGUAAAAUUCAAUUCCAGCCCGUACGAUGGGCAUACACGUCCCGUAAAUAAGAAAACUGGCCGCCAGGAAGCAAUUCUGGAGUACUUCCCUGCACGCCCACAGGUCCUGGACGAGGAUGAGCUGCUAGUGAACCGGUUGGGCAUGGUGGCCGGAGCGGUAGGCAACACUCUGUCGCAAAUCUUUUUCGGUACGAACGAACUCCGGUCGGAGGUAACGUUCUGGUGUGCCAAUCGGGAUCACGGCGAUUACAUGCAAGUGACGAUAAACGACCCGGACGUGCACUACAAGCUGGAUGUGUCGAAGCCGCUGAUGAUGCUGACCCACGGUUGGACCGACAACACCAACCGAACCUGGAUGAAGGAAACCAUAGCGGAUUACAUCGAAAACGUCGGAGGCAAUGCGUGCGCCGUGGAUUGGAGCCGGUUGGCGCUGGUCGAGUACAAUCUGGCGGCGAAGAAUACGCCGAAGGUUGGACGCUACCUGGCCAAGUUCGUGAAGUUCUUGUUGAAGCAGGGCCUGACGAUGGACCAGGUGACCCUGGUGGGUCACAGUAUGGGAGCGCACAUUUCCGGCAUUGCUGGGCAUGCGCUGGACGGAACGGUACCGAUGAUCAUCGGGUUGGAUCCGGCUGGUCCGGCAUUCACUAAGCCGUUCCUGCUGCCGGAGAGCAAGCGGCUGGACAAGAGCGAUGCGGUGUUCGUGCAGGCCAUUCACACCGACAAGGACAUCAUUGGGACCUCGUUGAACGUGGGACAUCAGGAUUUCUACACGAAUAACGGGGCGAGCCCGCAGCCGGGAUGCGAGUUCCCGCUAGUCAAUAAUGAUACUACUAAGUCGUAUCUACAAUUCAUCUGCAGUCACUUCAAGGCGGUCGAAUACUUCCGCGCCUCGCUAAACCGCGGGAAUAUCUUCGAGGGCACCAACUGCAACUCGUACAACAACUACAAACGGGGUGAAUGCACCAAAAACUCCCGGUCGGACUUUGGUCUGUUCAACAACAAACUGGCCCUCGGACCGUUGUACAUCUCGAUAGACAAAACCGUGUAUCCGUACGCUAAGUCGAUAGCCCGACGAAAUAGAUGAACCUUUUAUUACUCUGCGUUGAAAAUGGCCUGGCGCGAGCCUGGCGUUGAUCCUUCUUGAAGAGAAAAUUCCCUCUGGGGCUGUGGACUGUACCGUGCCGGUGGUUAGGGAUUCCCCGACCGCGCUACUGAAUGGAUGGGUGGGGGGUUCCGGUGAAGAGCAAACCGACGCGCGCGGUGGCGAUGAUUUAUUAAUGGGGAAAAUUACUUCCUGUUUUCGGGGGUUGGGCGGCUGGACUUUGCACAUCCUCGCCGAGUCGAGUCGAGUCGAGUCGGACGACGGUAUUCGCAAACGGGGCGAAGACGACGUCGUCGUCGACGUCCGUAGAGAGCCGACCGCCGGCCGGAGAAGAAAAUAGGAACGGAAGUGUGUUAUCAUGGUCUAUUAUCGUGUUUGGGUGAUGUAAGUGCUAUGUUUCGCAUUAGGAUAGGGGUUUGGGUGAUGAGGAA